AAGUCGUCCUUCCAUCGGCCCCAGACUCUAGGGUAUAAGAAUGGUUACCCUUUGGCACACCGACCCACUGUAGGCAUCGGCCAGGAGCCCCUAUUUUCAGAGAUGCUGAUUCAGCAACAGAUGGAUGAGUUGUCCUGGAAGAUAGCGGCCAUUAGAGAUGACCCGCCUGACAAGACCAUACAGCAAGACUUCAUCCCAGCUUAUGUARCCCUCGACAAGCAGGUGCUCCAAUUUUAUGCGUAUUUUUUGGAGGAUGUGCUWUAUUCUUCUGAAGAAGAUAGCCGUGUUCGCUCCGUCAUCAUUAACUACUACCUCGAAGACGACAGCAUGUGCAUGUACGAGCCCAGAGUGAAGAAUUCGGGGCUUCCACAUGGGGUGCGGCUCAAACGCCAUCGUUUUCCAAAGAAUGAGCGUGGGGAUUUUUACCUGUGGAAAGACCUCAAUCUGGGCAUGGACCUGUCAGUGUACGGGGUCAAGUACCACAUCACGGACUGCACGGCCUUCACAAAGGAAUUCCUGACAAGUGAAGGCAUAAUCCUGAACGAUCCGGAGCCGACGCCAGAGGAUCCUUACAUCAAACGUCGUGACCCACAACCAGAGCUUAAAGUGUAGCCUUUUAAGGCAUAUACAUUUAACCAAUCACGCUUAAUCACUUGGUAUGUAAUAAAAUAAAUUAAGUAAACUCUC